AUGGACAUCUCAAAGGAUUUCACCGACCAUUUAUUGGCUCUGGCAGUGACGGCCACUUAUCUUUUGUCCGGAGGUCGUCUAACGAUAGGAUGUUCGAUAAUAGUGAUGUAUGCGCUGGUUAAACAUGAUUCUGUCAAGAAGAGCAAGUUAGCGAACUUAGAAAGCUCUGAGCAAGGCGAUGCUCCUAAAAAGAAAACUUGUUGUGGAGGGAAGGGCGGUAGCUCAUGCUGCUCCUCGAAGCCAGGCGGCAAGAAAGGUGGCUGUUGUGGCGGUAACUGCUCGUCGAAAAAGAAGAAUCCAAGUGUUGAAAAGAUAGAAACUGUUACUCCGCUUUCGCUGAGUGAAAGUGCAGACGACCUGGCAAUCGAUUUCACGCAGGCGUUCAAGCCCAUCAAAAAAGCCAGGAAAAUGCCAAAAUUAGUUAGUGGUACUAAGCCGCAUACAAAAUCGACCUUUUUCAAAAAAGCGCUAACAGUUUCAAACGAAAAACUUAUCGAUUCCCAGAUUUACAUUUUUUACUCGUCACUUCAAGGCGCCGCAGAAAGAUCUGCCAAGAUCCUAUUGGAUGUCUUGUCGUCUUUGAAAGACCUUACUCUUGCGCCAAAACUUAUGAACCUGGACGAUCUUAGCGAUUUUGACGACUACUUCGUGAACGUACCAAAUUCAAACGCACUCUACAUCAUGGUUUUGCCUUCUUACGACACGGACUCCCCGCUUGAUUUUUUCUUGCAAUCUAUGGACGAAAACUAUAAUGACUUCAGAAUCGAUAAGCACGCGUUGAGGAAGCUGACGGGCUAUGCGGUUCUUGGUGUAGGUGAUUCUGAAUCCUGGCCCGAUAAAUUUUGCUAUCAAGCCAAACAAGCAGAUGUGUUGUUGGCGAAGCAAGGCGGUAGAAGGGUCUUUCCAGUAGGCGAAGUUUGCAUGAAAUUUGGUGGUGAUCCUAAAGUUAUGGAAUGGGCGAAACUUCUUGCUGAGACACUUCAGGAUGACGAGCCUAUCUUAUAUGAGUAUGACGAAAGUCUCGAAACGGAGGAAGCUGAGGAACCUACUGAUGAGCUCACCAAAGAAUCACUAAUUGAUUUAGAAGACGUAGGCAAAUCAUCAGAACUACAAGAUGUAAAUGAAAUCAAGCAAAUGAUAGCCAAGAAUAGUCCUACCUAUAAAAACUUGACCAAGCAAGGGUACACUGUUGUCGGUUCCCACUCAGGUGUCAAGAUCUGUCGGUGGACGAAGAACGAUUUGCGUGGUAGAGGAUCGUGUUACAAACAUUCGCUUUUCAACAUUGUGUCAAGUAGGUGCAUGGAGCUGACUCCAUCGCUAGCCUGCUCUUCUAAGUGUGUAUUCUGUUGGCGACAUGGUACCAAUCCUGUAUCCAAAACUUGGAGAUGGGAAAUGGAUGAUCCAGAAUACAUUUUAGAGAACGCACUCAAAGGCCAUUAUGCAAAAAUAAAACAGAUGAGAGGUGUACCAGGUGUGAUAGCGGAAAGGUUCGCCAAAGCUUUUGAAGUGCGGCAUUGCGCACUUUCUUUGGUUGGUGAGCCAAUCAUGUAUCCGCUUAUCAGUAAGUUUGUGGGGCUUCUACAUCAGAAGAGAAUCUCGAGUUUUUUGGUUUGUAAUGCUCAGCAUCCAGAGCCGCUGAGGGACUUGGGUAAAGUCACACAACUUUAUGUUUCAAUCGAUGCCCCUACGAAAACCGAACUGAAAAGAGUUGAUAGACCUUUGUACCGAGACUUUUGGGAGAGGAUGAUGGAAUGUCUUGAGAUAUUAAAAACCUCGCAAUCUCAUCAAAGAACAGUCUUCAGAAUGACGUUAGUGAAGGGCUUCAACAUGGGCGAAGUUAAUGCAUACGCAGAUCUUGUUCAAAAAGGGCUGCCUUGUUUUAUUGAGGUAAAGGGUGCCACUUUUUGCGGAUCCUCAGAUGGCAACGGCAACCCCCUAACUAUGCAGAAUAUACCGUUUUAUGAGGAAUGUGCAACCUUCGUCAAAACUCUUUCAGCAGAACUGCAAAGAAGAGGACUCAAUUACGACGUCGCCGCUGAACAUGCGCACUCCAAUUGCAUCCUGAUUGCCGAUACAAAAUUCAAAAUAGAUGGCGAGUGGUGUACACAUAUUGAUUUUGAGAAGUUUUUUGAAUUGUUGGAAUCAGGCAAGUCAUUCAAUCAUUUGGAUUAUAUUGCGAAGACACCGGAAUGGGCACUUUUCGGAAAUGGUGGCUUCGCCCCUGGAAAUACAAGAUUUUACAAGAAGAAAAAGAAUACAGAUGAAUCCAAGCAAAGUGAAAGCGAAGCAGCGCGUGUGGCGUCUGUAUCACCUAUAAUUGCUUAG